AUGACACAAGUCACGCAGGGUGUCGUAUUUCAAGAUAUCUUCAAGCAAAGGCGCACGGCAGUCAUGACGGCGCUAGAGAAUGGGUUAGCAGAUCCAUUGUUCCACGGAAGAAUGUUCAUCAUGGGCGAUGCUGCGCACAAGAUGGUGCCUGACGCGGCCAUGGGUGCAAAACAAGCCAUUGAAUCAGCUGCUGUCUUCGUGAACAUGCUCCAUCGUACUCUUGCGUCCCAGGGCAGGGCUACGGUUCAUCUUCCACAUCUUGCAUAUCUCUGUCUGAUGCAACCUCUUGCCUGGAGAAGUAUACCAGACGACAUCAAGACCGAUUAG